ACCGAAGGAAACUUGACGAAUCUGGCCACCAUCGAGAGGUACCACAACGCCACUCUUUCUUAUGAUAGCGACAACGACACUCUGGCGCUGGAAUUCAUCCUGCGAUGGGAGGAUAUCGAGCUGAGCUACAAGUUCCACAGCCAAGUGGAGCUGAUCAGCUCAACCGGGCAUGUAGUCGCUAAAGUCGAGCAUUUGAAGAUCCAUCUGAAACUGGUAGCGGAUCUGGAGUUGGUCCAUCUUGAAGAAGACAGCAUGGACUUCAACCAGACCGGAGCCAUCACUUUGACCUACACAGGCGUCGGUCUUCUGGAUUACAUCCUGGAUGCCAUGAGCGACACGUUGACGGCGGUUCUUCACAACUACGUCCUGGAAAAGGUUAGAGAGAUUGUGAUGGAUCCAGUGGACGAUGUUAUUGACGCAGUUAACGACUUUCUGGACGACAUUUUACGUCCCACUACCACAGGAUGAUCAGCCAAUAAAACCUGCACGUGCAUCCAU